CACGAACCAGGGCAGUCCAGAAUCUUCCGGUCAGGCAAAAUGGGCACAGUGGUGUCUGUCCUGCUAUCCUUGCUACUCUUUCUGGGUCCUGCAGUCCCUCAGGAGACCCAAGCUGGGCCUUACUCUCUGAGCUUCUUCUACACCGGGCUGUCCAAGCCCAGGGACGGCUUCCCCAGCUUCCAGGCCACAGCCUACCUCAAUGACCAGGAUUUCUUUCACUAUGACAGUGAAGAUAGGAAAGCCAUACCCUGGUACCCCUGGAGCCAGAUGGAAGGAAUAGAGGAUUGGGAGAACAAGAGUGAACUUCAAAAGGCCAGGGAGGACAUCUUCAUGGUGACCCUGAAGGACAUCGUGGACUAUUACAAGGGUACAGAAGGGGCUCACACCUUUCAGGGAGUGCUUGGCUGUGAGCUCUGGAAUAACAAAAGCAGUGGAGCAUUCUGGAGGUACGCCUACGAUGGAAGGAACUUCAUCGAGUUCAACAAAGAAAUCCCAGCCUGGGUUCCCCAGGACCCAGCAGCUCUGAACACCAAGCAGAAGUGGGAGGCGGAAAAGGUCUACGUGCUGCGGGCCAAGGCCUAUCUGGAGGAGGAGUGCCCGGCAAUGCUGCGGAAGUACCUACAAUACGGCAAGACCUACCUGGACCGACAAGAUCCCCCCUCCGUGUCCAUCACCAGCCACCGGACCCCAGGAGAAACGCAGACACUCAAGUGCCGAGCCGAUGGCUUCUACCCACGAGAAAUUGAGCUGCACUGGAUUCAGGGGGACGAUACACAGGAGGCUGAGUCGGGGGGAGACGUUGUUCCCAGCGGAAACAGCACUUACCAGUCCUGGGUGGUGAUGUCAGUUUCCCUGCAGGACAGAGCCUCCAGCUCCUACUCCUGCCGCGUGAAGCACAGCAGCCUGGCCCAGCCCCUCCCUGUGCUGUGGGCGGGAGCGAGGGCUGAAGGCUCGGAGGGCACCCGGGCGCAGUAGCCAACCCCGCUGCGGGACAGGAGAGAGGAGCUCUAGAGGCCAGGGGUCAGGUGGUGGAUUCAGGGACACAGAAGCCUAGAAUGCCGGCCACAGAGCUGACUCACGGCUCAAUUGUCUUGCAAAACCCCAUUAAUCUAAUCUGUGAAUCAAAUCAACAGUAAUCACCUUGCCUAGCACACAAUGUAGAAAAGCAUUUUUUUAAACAGAUAUAAAAAUGGGAGUAGAUGUUACCCUUCAUCCUGUGCUUCCAAGCCUUCGAUUCAUCUGAAAUUCUUGGUACCGACUUAAAGCAACGUUUACGGGGCAUCCUGCCCUGGGGGGUCCACUGUAGCGUGGCGUGGACCGUCUGGUCCCCUGCACCUUGUUCAGGAGCCCACUGUGGAUGUCCCGUCUGUUGUGAGGUCAUAGAACCUGUUUAAUACAACCCACUCCUCUUCUGUGCCUCAGUUGCCCAGACCUGCCUCCUCCCAGUGAGCUGCCACCCUCCACCUUCUGGUCUUGGAGCCUCCACAGACCCUAGCUCAUCUGAGAGGCUUCCUCCCUCCAGGACGCACUCCCAGGAAAACAGGAAUCAGAUGUUCUUGGACUCCCUCCAAAUUCACCUGAGUUUGUUUGUUUUUUUUUAACCCAGUCACCCACCACCAUCCACAGGUUUAAAAACCCCAAAAGACAGAACAGACCUCUUCACCCCUGACCUGUCUAUGAAGCCCAUCUGCGAGAAGCACACUUCCUUCCCUUCCCAGCCCCGGCCUCCAAGCUGGGCUCCUUAAGGAAAUCAUCCCCCGCAUUCAGUAUGCUGAGCUGACCCUUAGUCUUUCUUGAAAGCCUAAAUUUGAAGGUUCUGCUUGUUAUUUUUGAUACUUUGACCCAGUUUGGAAAUCAAAGCUGAGAAAUAGCUUCCUCAGUCAAUGUGAAAUCCACAUUCCUCUCCUCUAGAACCAAAAACAAAAACAAAAAAAAGUCCUGUUUGAACAGUAGAGGCUGCAGAGACAAUCCAAAUAGUCAAGAUGGAAAAAUAUGGCCGUGAACAAAUAAAGAAAACCACAUGACAGGAGAAGGAUUUCAGAUCAAUAAGGAAACCCAAAGUCCACAGGAACAGGCCAGGCUAAGGCAGACUGGAAUGUGAGACCCCGCCCCACCACGGCAGGGGAGUUGGGUUGGGGGUGGGCAGGGGGAGGGAACCUCAGGAGACCCCAGUCCUGGCCAGCUGCGGGGGAAGGGGAGAGGGACACAGAGCCACUCAGACAUCCAGAGAGACUUCCUGGAGAGAUUCAGAUUUCAGAGGAGGAAGUGAAGGCCAAAACAGCUGGCCAAGAAGAGAUGAAAGAUUGUUCCUGACCAGUUGGGCGUGAGAUGGCUGAGGGGAGGGCCACAGGGGCCUGACAAGGGACAUGACUGAGGGUGGGGCUGGGCUGUGGGCGUCACCGGGCGCACCAGGGACCCACACCGUGGGUCCUUCCACGAGCACCUCCUGCCCGCCCAACAGAGAACCAGCAGAUUCCCCUUCAGGCAGGACCAAGUUCAAGUGCACUCUGAGAAUGCCCCACCCCAGGAGGACCUCGUUGCCACAAUCUGUCUCCUUGGCAAUUCCUCGGUCACUUAGUACUAUCUUGUCUCUCUCGAAGAUUCCUCUGGGGAUAGUUCACCAGCUAGACUGCAGGGAUGGAGGGCUCGGAUUUAGGCAGGAUAUGCCAACGGGUAUGGGACUUAACGGUAGUUGCUGUUAAGGUCCUCUCCAGUUUGGUUGAAUGCUGCUUUUCCAACCUGGCUUGUCACUAGAACUUGACAAACAGAUUUAGAGUUUUCUAUUUCCUCUGCUCGUCUAUUGGUGUGUUCACUCAAGAGUUAUAUACUGAGUAUUUUCUGCUUGGUACUCUAAUAAACACUGAAGACCAAGCAGAACGAGUGGGUACUGCCCCCUCCUGCAUGGAGUUUACCCCAGUUCUGCUUACUGAACCAAUACCCUCUGUCAAGGUUCAGCCCACAACUUACCUCCUCCCGUGACCACUGCCAUGAUCAGUAAUUCCAACUUAUACUCGUCCAUGCUGAGAUGUCUCAGAAAUAUCAGGGAAGAUUUCCAGAAAGACGUUGAGUGAAGCCAAUGUCCACUCUAUCUCAGCAUCAUCCCAGACCAUUCUCCUUUUUGUUCCUUUCCAAGUGAAAGGAAAGGAAUCAACGAUGGGAAUAUCCGGGGGAAGAGCAUUUGGGGCAGAGGGGAUAGCAAAUGCCAAGUCCCCAGGGCAGGAACAAUUGUGGUAUUUGAAAGGCAGAAUAAUGACCAGUGGGCUGGAGUGUCAUGAACACGAGGAGGGUCAUAAGAGAGGAUGUUGAAAAGGCAGGUAGCAGUCAGAUUGUGCAAGGCAUCGUUUGCCUUGGGAAGGAAUUUCUACUGCAAACGGCAACACCUGGUAGGUUCUAACCAAGAUGGCAGUAGGAUUUGCUUUAGGUUUUAUUUUUUUUUUUAAGAUCUUAUUUAUUUAUUUGAGAGAGAGCGAG